CCCGACUUCGUUGCUCUCCUACCCCGGUAGUCCGUCCGGGGGGAGCCGAAGAACAACUCGACGAAAGUCCCAACUAUGGAAGGCGACAACAUAAUAAUAAUGCCUGUUUGACUCGGGGACAUUUUCCAAGAUGCCAGGCCUUUUGUCAAGUCCUGUGUUUCUGACAGUCAUCUGGUUGUUGUCGCUGCGCCUUGGUCGAGCUCAGAUUCAGACUGAUGAAGUGUCAGCCGUGCAGUACGGGCACAUGCAGUCAAAUGUGACACUGGCAUGCGGGAAGUCCCAAGUCAGGAUGCCUGUGACGUGGCGCCUCGACCACGGCGCAGUGCUGCCGUGGCACCAAGUGACCUCCGACGGGACCCUGCUGCUGCUGCACGCCGACCACUCGGCGCAAGGCAACUACAGCUGCCACGACAGCCGGGGGCUCCUCCUCCACUCCGUCAGACUGCGGCUGGGAUACCCCCCUGGGAAGCUGAAUGUUUCCUGCCGAGUUCCCAAUCACACGCAUGUUCGCUGCUCCUGGACUGAGCAGGUGAGGACCUUCCUGCCAGCCGAGUACACCGCCUCCUUCAGGGGGCGUCAUGAUCUGCAGCCAUGUGUGCUGAACGUGGCCCGCAAGCACUGCGAUGUGAAUAAUCUUUCCUUCUGGCAGACCAUGCACACCUUGAACCUCACAGAAACCAACGCCCUGGGGUCUGAGACAACGCUUCACAGCGUUAAGUUAAUCAACCAAUUGCAACCAAACCCUCCAGAGUCUCUGGUGGUGGAGCCCCUAGAGGGCCACCCGAGGAGACUGCUCGUUUCAUGGGACUACCCUGUCUCCUGGCCGCUGGAUGAUGCUUUCCUCCUCAUAUUUCACAUCAGAUACAGGCCACAGGGCUCCGUGUACUGGUCAGAGGUUUUCACCUCGGAUAGUCACGUCGUCAUAACGGACGCCCUGGCUGGUCACCUCCACCAAGUUCAGAUCCAAGCCAGAGACGAGUUUAACUCUGACACCAAGUGGAGUGAAUGGAGUCCCCUGCUUCUGGUCAGGCCUUGGGAAGCAGUCUCCUCCACAACUGAACCUCCAGAAGAAACCUUUACAGACUAUUUGUUCCCAUUUGGUACCAAACCGGAAACAUCAACCGCAAAGUCACACAAUUCUGUACAUCCUGAGGAUGAAGGUAGUUUGGGUUUGGUGAUUCUACUGGUUAUGCUCACAGUGGUCAUCCUCACCAUCAUCCUUUCCCUCAUCUUUGUUGUGUGGGUGAGACAGAGGCGGCAUGAUCAUGUGACCAAACAAGAACUCAAUUCGAUGGUCAAGAUGAAGUCUGUGCCAAUCUAAUAUUUCAAGUGUCCCUUUCAGCCCGUUCUAGGGCUGCAGCAAGCAGACCGUCCGUAUUCAGCAACAUUAACCAGAAUGCCUCUGCCACGGUGCCGCCAGGAUCCAGAGCAGGGAUGAACCCCAUGCGGGGAACGCUGUGCAGAACAGUGAAUUCACAGAGUCAAAAACCUUACUGUGGUUUGGACAUAUUCAACGGUCACAUCAAGCAGCACUACACAUAAUGCAUCAGCAGACUCUUUGCACUGUGCAUGCGGACAAUGAAUACAGACCCUAGUCUGUUAUGUAUGUGCACUGUAGGUUGAUCCUCACUGCAGGAGUGACAAUGCAUCAGGACGUUUGAGUUCACUCACAACACACGCUGCUUCAGGUGGGCCGACUCCUGCCCCUAUUUUGGAGAGGAGCAACAUUUCUUGAACUUUUAAUGAACACGUACAAACAGGAAGUGCAGAGGUUGGUGGAAAGGGAAAGGUUUUGUUUUUCACACACGCUUUAUUCUUCUUAAGAUUCAUGUCCGUUAUUUCACCGACUGACUGACUCAAUGCUGUGAAGGAAGCUUAACUGCCAGUCUCUGUGUGAGUGUGUGCAUCUGAUGCCAAAGCAGAAACUAUGGGCAUUAAUGGUCUCAGCUGAUGAGGCGGCUGCUGACCUGAGGAGCUCGACAUGGAGCAUACGGUCCAGUGUGAGUCAUUAUUUCAUUACAACAAGUGAUUUUAUGUUCCAUGAUAUACAUGUUUUGCCUGACUUGACAUCUUUAGUACAGGUGUUCUUCUGUCUUUUGUCAUACAUCAGUAUCCAUCCACUGUUACUGAAUGUGUGUGAAAGUACCACAUGGAAGCAGAGAGGGAUACGGGUCUUUCACACCGGCAUUAUGACAUUACUUUGAUACUGAAUUAGCAAGAGUAUACUAAGCUUUAGAUGUUCAGCACAUCUGUCUAAAAUCCAAACAACCCCUACUCUCAGUGUGUCAUCCAAUUAUUUCAGUAUUAUUAAAUAAAGUUUACACACAUACACGCAACAUUUUAAAGCGUCAUUUUGCUACAACCGAAGGUUUCCUCCUUGUAGGGAGUCUCUUUGGAACCAAAACCCACACUGAUGUCACAGCAGCGCCUUUACCUUUGUGGUCCGCACAUAAAUGCAGGGAGCUUUAAUAGUCAUUUACAGACAUGUUUGUGUCCACAGUAGGACUAUAGCUUUAUUGAACUAUUGUUACCAAUAUUAAUUGAUCGGGGGAUCUUUUUUCUUUGAAAUUAUACUGAUAUAGAACUGAGAAAAGGCUGCAUAUAUUUGGCACUUGAAUGACAAUUUUUUUUUUGAUUGACUUGACAUUGAUUCUCCGCUCUGAGCCACUGAUGCACCACGGAAGUCUCCACUAGCUCUUUUUAACGUGACAACAGCUCCCAGCGAUGUUCUGGUGUUAUUGGAGGAGUGGAGGGAUACGUUAACGCGGCAAUGAGAGGCAUAUUCCUACUAGAUAUCAGAGGUCUAUCUAUAAUAGCGUGUAGAUUUACGGUAGGAAGGUUUAAAAAGAAGCCGUUUCAGUUGGAUGAUAAAAUAAGGCCAGCUGGAGUAAGUUCAGAGUGUCACUGACCCCGUGGCUGUUUCCUAGCUGGGAAAGCUUUGUCAUGGGUUCCUUUCAGGGUGGGUGCGUUUACACGGUCACUGCUCCCAGCCUCCACUUAAUCACAACGGACACGGCCUGGGGACAAACUGUACAGCAGCACAUUGAACAGCAGAGGGGCCCAGGUGGGCACCAGGAGGCGUGCCAGCCUUCUCUCUCAGGUCUUUGGUAUGAACCCUCGUGUGUCGCAUCCCAACAGCUGGAGAAAAAUGGCCGCUCUCUGGGGUCUAGUCCUCACUGCGAGAGGUUUAGUUCUGUUAACCAGCUGAUGGAAGUGAGGGGCUCUACUGCUCGCUGCGACAAAUGCGGUUUUCUCUGUGUCGUCUGUCUGGUGGUUGUGAAAGGCCGGCCUUCGAAUUUACCUGAAUAAAAUAAAUCUGGUCUUUCAUUAAAAUGAAAAACUUUUCUCAAAGUAUCUCAACAAUAAAUAUACUUUUCAUGUACUUUUCAUGUCUUGUUGGGAUGCUUCUCAAAAUAAGUCAAUAUGUUGUUACUUAAAUAUAAGACUGACUUGCAGGAUGUGUUUUUUUCCAUCACGGUUUGCGACAACGUUUUGUAAAUCAUUUAAUGGAUCAUAGAUCUGAUCAUGUUCUGUGGAUCCAAACUGUCUUGUCAUCAACUAUUUGAUUGAUUGAAAGGCUGGUUUUAUCAGAAACACGCUGUGCAUGAAACCUUUUCCAGUUCGACAACUGUAUGUUAUUAAAAGCUUGCUCCUUAUAUUAUGCAUGGUUCCGGGCUUUUAAAAAAUGAUUUCAUGUAUGUUGUUAUAAGAUAUGUUUGUAUGUUUAAAGAAAUAUGAUAAGGCAUGGUUUUACAGACAUUGUGUUAUUAGACAAAUUAGCUGUUGAUUGUAAUUUUGAAUAUCAUUAUAUUGUAUAAAAUCAAAUUGUGAAGCCCAUUAGACAAAUUAUGUUUUUUAUUUAAGUGAAAAAUUAUGUUAAAAUGGCUUUGUACAAGUAAUCUAAACAGAAAAAAGUCAACAAAAUUCAGUUGAUAAUUUAAUUAUCCGUUACUGUACCACAAGUGUACGGGCAAAGUGUAAGAGUCAAAUUAUUCGUGUAAUUUGCUUUUUAAACUGGAUUAUAAAAUUGUUAAUGGAUUGGCCAGUAAUGGAGGUCUUUUUUUGUUUUUUUAAAUCACUAUAUUACCUCGUAUAUUAAGUCACCAAUCAUUUUUUGCUGGGUUUCACCGGUAACAAAGUUUGUAUCUUUCCAAUCGGAACAAAAUAAAAAGUGAGAAAUACAUUUAGAAAAUGUUAUUUCUAAUGAUACAGUUUUUAGUCACAUAUCUUAUAACCCCUCCAUCAGACUGAAGUUUGAGCCAUGUGCAGCUUUGUGGGGGAUUUCCCCCUGUAUUCAUGGCUCAAAGGGAUUUGUUUUCUGUCUGCAUGGUGUGUUAUCAUGAAUUUCCAUUUUUAUUGUUUUGUUUUCUAUGUUUUGUGGAUAAUUUUGUGGUAUUCUCGGUUUUUCUAUGUCCCUCCGCAGUAUGUGAUGAAAGAUGGAGCCUUUUGUUUUUUGUUUUUAAAGCUCAAAUUACACUCAGGCAUCCAUUCUCAUAUGUACAUUAUAUAUGUUUCCCUUAACGUGUAUGACAAAUAUCAGUAUAAGCUGUUUUUUUUUUCCUUUCCUUGUAUUUGUCUGUGAAAUAAAUACUAUUUUAUCACA